AUGUAUUGCGGAGGUGACGGCGCCAAGGCGCUCUCGCCGACGAACCAGGCGAUGCGGAACAUCGACCACAUGGAGCUGGAGACGCACUCAGCUUAUGGGCUGCGCUGCGAGGAGGGCAACGCCAUACACGCCCCCGUGCCGCAGCGGACCGUGUGGAUGAUGUAUGUCUUUGCGUGUAUUUCGAUGCUGCUUAGCGCCGCGUUGUUCGUCUUAUGUGUCAUCUUUGCCUUUGUAUUCGGGCUGCUACUGACGGGUGCACACGACACCUCCCUCGGUGCCUUCGUUGUCGCCGCCUUCGUCAUCUCCGUCUUUGGGGCGGUGGCCUACCUGCUGACGACGUUGUUUGUGGCAGUGAUUCUGCGGUGUUCGCUAUGCUACAGGUGCAGGUCGUCGAAUGCGACACGCCUAUCCUGCUGCGAGGCCGUCAUAUGCGCUCUGAUUUUGUUGUUCUCCUGCGCACUGUCGUGUCUCACCGGCUUCCUCCUCGCUGACCCGCGGUCAGACCAGAACAGGAAAAUGUUGACUGCGAUGUGUGUGCUCACGACCUUCUGCACACUGUCUUUCGGCGCAUUUGUCGUGCUGCUCGUGAUGCACGGCGUGCUGCGUAGGUAG